GCAGUAAGGCCUAGGAAGAGUUUCGAUGUCUCUUGGGUAGCUAGAGUGUCCUCCUGCGCUCCGUUGCGUUGCAGGUGACGACGCCCGGAGGCUGUCGGGAAGUAGGCGGGGUGACGUGGGGUUGAUGAGCUCGGCGGCGAUUUUGCCGAGAUCUGUGGUCUGUAGCAGCUGUUGCGGGGGGCGGCCGGGACCGAGAGGUGGAGCGGGGCGGUGUGUGGCCGGGGCCAUGACGGGUAAUGCCGGGGAGUGGUGCCUCAUGGAAAGCGACCCCGGAGUCUUCACCGAGCUCAUUAAAGGAUUCGGUUGCCGAGGAGCCCAAGUAGAAGAAAUAUGGAGUUUAGAGCCUGAGAAUUUUGAAAAACUAAAGCCAGUUCAUGGGUUAAUUUUUCUUUUCAAGUGGCAGCCAGGAGAAGAACCAGCAGGCUCUGUGGUUCAGGACUCCAGACUUGACACAAUAUUUUUCGCUAAGCAGGUAAUUAAUAAUGCUUGUGCUACUCAAGCCAUAGUAAGUGUGUUGUUGAACUGUACUCAUCAAGAUGUCCAUUUAGGAGAGACAUUAUCAGAGUUUAAAGAAUUUUCACAAAGUUUUGAUGCAGCUAUGAAAGGCUUGGCACUGAGCAAUUCAGAUGUGAUUCGCCAAGUACACAACAGUUUUGCCAGACAACAAAUGUUUGAAUUUGAUACAAAAACAUCAGCAAAAGAAGAAGAUGCUUUUCAUUUUGUCAGUUAUGUUCCUGUUAAUGGAAGACUGUAUGAAUUAGAUGGAUUAAGAGAAGGACCGAUUGAUUUAGGUGCAUGUAAUCAAGAUGAUUGGAUCAGUGCAGUAAGGCCGGUGAUAGAAAAAAGAAUACAGAAGUAUAGUGAAGGGGAAAUUCGAUUUAACCUAAUGGCCAUUGUAUCUGACAGAAAAAUGAUCUAUGAACAGAAGAUAGCAGAGUUACAGAAACAGCUUGCAGAGGAGGAACCCAUGGAUACAGAUCAGGGUAAUAGUAUGUUAAGUGCUAUUCAGUCAGAAGUUGCCAAAAAUCAGAUGCUUAUUGAAGAAGAAGUACAGAAAUUAAAGAGAUACAAGAUUGAGAAUAUCAGAAGGAAGCAUAAUUAUUUGCCUUUCAUUAUGGAACUAUUAAAGACAUUAGCAGAACACCAGCAGUUAAUACCACUAGUAGAAAAGGCAAAAGAAAAACAGAAUGCAAAGAAAGCUCAGGAAACUAAAUGAAGAGGAUCUUUUGGGAUGUAUACACAUUUCUGCUUCUGCAUUUAAUUUCAUAGAAACCAUUAAGUAUAAAGAACUUGGAGCAACAUCCUCAUUGGCUCAGUGCACGUUUGUCAGUAGUACUGGUCUGUCUUGUCUUUAAUGCAUGGAUUCAUAAACCUUUUCCUUACCUGCAUCAUGUGCAUGUAGUGCAUAUUAAAUAAAAAUGAUAUUAAGAGUGCUUGCUCAAAUUCCAUUAUUUGACAUUGGAUCUAAGACCUGCUAGUUUUCUGGAUAUAUACCUACCAUGAUGAACCUAGAAAAUGCAGAAAUGAUAUUCUCUACUGGCAAUUGUUCUAAUCAAUCUUUUGAUCUUUUAUCCCAGUUAAAUAGAAUUUAUGUCAAAUCUUGAUUAAACUGAAUCUUGUUUCUUCUUAUCAUUAAUGGAAAAUUAUCAGUGUUUUAAUCUUUGAUAUGUAAGUGUUUUUUGAGUAUUGUAACAGUGAAUUUUACACCAAUUAUUUGUGAAAGCAUGAUUUUAAUGCAGAUCCUUUGAAAUGGACAAAAAUAAAAUUUCUAAUAAUUUUCCCUGCUGUUGAUAGAAAAGGUAAUACACAUCCUGAUUUUAUUUUGGCAAACUGUCUACAUUUAUGUACUGUAGAAUUAUUUUAGGAAGGUCUGUGUAUUAUGCUUUAGAGCAAAAUUUCAGGUAAAGAACAAAUUAUAAAUCUUAAAUUGUAUUGGUGUUACUCUUCAUUUGGCCAUAUUUUUUCAAACAAAUUUUAACUUAUGAAAAAUGAAGGUUUGAUAGUUUAGACUAUCUGCUUUAAAUAUAAAACACUGAGGAUGGGGGAUCUGAUGCUAGUUUGAACAAAAUUAGUACAGCGAACUGUUUUUAAGAGCCAUGUAUAAUUUUCUCACCAUGGAUUUUUUUAAAAAAUUGCUUUUGGGAGUUGCUUUGGUUUUUAUUUUAUAAAAUAAUACUGUAUUCUUGCUCUUAAUCUUAUUUUCAAGUUAAACUUUGAAGGAAAUUUUAUACAACUUCUUUUUAUAAAGGAAAUUAUCUACUUUUUUCUUUACCAAGCAAUUACUGAAGUUGACACAUGACUUAAACAUUUUGUUAUUUAUUAUAAAAUAAAUUUAACAGAAUUUAUUUUGGGGGGAAGUGCCCACCUUUUAGCUUCAAUAUAUGAAUUUUUUAAGUAUUAUCCUAAGCUUAGUAAAUGUGGUAUUAUUAAAUGCAUAGAACUAAUGGAAUAAAACUUUAUAAGAAAUUGUUGUAGAAAAAUCAAUGAAAUAUUUCUCAUAUAUAAUUUCCUUUGGAAGUAAUGAAGAAAAAUAAUGUAGUUUUUCAGUUACUUACAGGCAAACAUUUUGCUCAUGAUUCAGUAGUAAUUAUGUAGUGUUUUCAAAGCCAUGAUAACAAUUUUUAAAAAUGGUUUCCUGAGGAAGGCUCAUCUUGAUUCCAUUCAUUUAUUUCAGCUAAGCCUAAUUUACAUAUCCUAUUUUAUUGAGGCUUAAAUUUUAUAAAGCAAUACAAGGAUUAUUCUAGUAAGUAGUAUCUACUAGUGAAUGAAUUGUAAUACUACUAUAAAGAUCAACAAAUAAAUCAAUGGAAUAGAAAAGAAAGCCUAAAACAGAGCCACAUUUAUUUAUAUUAUCUCAUGACUUUGGACAAAGGUGGCAAAGCAAUCCAACAGACAAGGGAAGUCUAUGCAACAAGUGGAACCAGAAUAGAAUAACUGAAUGGGACCCAUAUGGGAAGAAAUGAACAAUGACCCACGACCCCUUACUUCAUAAAAAUAAA